AUGGCCAACUCCAAACUACCAAUCGCGUUCAUCGGCCUCGGCGCCAUGGGCUUUGGCAUGGCCACCCAACUACUCAAUCAAGGCUACAAAGUCACCGGCUCCGAUUCAUGGCCCCCACCCUGGAGAAGUUCAAGCAGGCCGGCGGCGAAUGUGCUUCAAGCCCUGCCGAAGCCGCAAAAGGUAAAAGCUUUUGCGUGUGCAUGGUUGCUACGGCCCAACAAGCUCAAGAAGCCCUUCUUGAUGGGCCUCAGCCGGCUGUUCCCUCCCUCAAAAGGCAAUUCAGCCGCGAUAACUCAAGGCCUAGGUCUCCUCCAGGCUAUGUCCGCCCCCGAAAAGCUUUACAUUGUGGCAGGGGAACUGGCGCAGCCCACCUUGGCCUACACCUACCCUCAACUGGGCAAGAAAUUUUGGAAAUUCCAGCCUCUCCUCAGCGCAGUCACCAUCAUACUCAAGGACACCAUGAUCAUCACUUCAGAGGCCCGUCGAUGCGGAUUCCCGACUCCGAUGGUGAGCACCGCCGAGCAGGGCUAUUUCCUAGGCCUAGGUCGAGGUUUCGGCGCGGAUGAUGAUGCGGGUUUGAUCCGCUUAUACACCGAAGGGCGGCGACAGGUCACCGCCGACGUCGUGGCGGCACAAACGAACGCGAAUGAGAGCAGUGAGAUUACCAAGAAGAAGAUAAAGCUCGUCACGAGCCUCCUAAAGGGGAUUCACCUUUGCUCCGCUUCUGAAUGCCUCGCUUUUGCGCAUCGGUUGGGAUUACCCCUAGAUCAAACAUUAGAGCUCUGUGUAAAUGCGGCCGGGGGAAGCGCUAUGUUGAAGGAGUUUGGCGGAGAUCUGGUCAGCAUCCUACGCGGCAAUAGGCCCUCUGUCUUUGGGCUUGUUGAGCUUGUACAGGAAGUCCGCGAGGUGGUGGACGAGGCCCACAGGUUGAGAGUCCCUUUACUCCUGGGCAACCAAGCCCUGAAUAUCAUGAGGUUGGCAUUGCAGCACAAGCCCAAAGAGCUACCAGACAUGCCACAGGCUAUGGCUGUCAAGGUUUGGGCUGCAUAG